CGGUAACGGAUGUGGUGGAAUUAACGUAUGCCAUCGCGUUAGAGAAGCACAACACAAAGAACAUGGUGAAGGGACUAAACUUCCGGUGAUUUUCAUGAGGCUCCCUCUCGAGAUUUAAAAUGGACCAGGUCGAUUGUUUGAUUGGAGACGAGGUUGUUGCUGGUUACGUCUGUGUUGAAAUGACAAACGCCUUCUACUCAUCAACUUUAACCAAUUUCAAUGAAAUUGAGGGUGGUUAUGGUCUUUUUAAAGGAGCAAGGAUCCUCUAGAGUGAUUUUUCUCUAAAGUUUUCUAUAGUGCUACAUUGUGUGGUUGAGAUUUACUGACAAGUCACAUCAAUUUUUCUGAUGUGACUUGCCAGUAAAUCUCAACCACACAAUAUAGCACUCUAGGAAACUUUAGAGAAAUUUCACUCUAGAGGAUCCUUGGUGCUUUUAAAAGGCUUGUAAAAGAGCAAGUAGUCAAACAAGAUCAUUCAUUCGACAUGGGAGAUUGGACGCAGAUUGGUUCUUUUCCUCCUGAACAAUACCACUUUCAUCAAGAGAAAAUCUCCGAGAAAAGAGCCCAAUUGUUCGAAGAUUAUCAGCAACCCAUCUCGAAUUAUGGGGUGCCAAACACCUUCCACCUCAGUGGCACUCCCAUGCCACUUCAGCCAAUUCCAGCAGCCACAGAGCAAGAGAUGACCGACGUCCAGUGCUCAGAAAUUGGUGAGGCAAAGAAGGAACAACCAUAUCCAUUUUUUGUGACACCUUUUGAGCUGUUCAGCAACUAUGGAAGCAGAUCCAACAAGGCAAGAGAGGUAAGUGUGGGCAAUCUAAGCAACCAGGCUCAAAUGUAUGGCUGGAAAUUGUCAACGGAGGAGAUCAUGAGGGUGGCUGGAGAAAGGUAUGUCCGGUUUUCGACACAAAGAGUCUGCAAUUUCUCCACUUCUAUGCACCCUUAUGGUUGUGCUAUGAUGGGUCUAUCGAUGGACGAAACAAAAGACGUAGAGCUUGUCCAACUUCUUCUUUCUGCGGCAGAUAAGCUGGGUUAUCAGCAAUAUGACCGAGCAAGCAGAUUACUUUCCCAGUGUGAAUGGAUGUCAUCUGAGACGGGCAAUCCUGUGCAGAGAAUCGUGUACUAUUUUUCUGAAGCUCUUCGUGAGAGGAUUGACAGAGAAACAGGAAGGGUCACGUUGAAAAGGGCGGAAGGAGGAGGAAUUUAUGGGAAGAGUCUGGUAUUGGGUUCUAGCUUUGCAUUCUUAGCACACCACCAAGCUAUACCGUUCUUGCAAGCGAUUCAAUGUAUGUGGAGGCCAAUCAGUAUACCUUGA